AGUGGCGGCCUUCACUGGCUCUCCCUUACACUCACACAUCUUUCUAAUUCACUCAUAUCGCAUCUAUAUAUCUCCGGUCAAUUUCAUCUUCCCCACCCCACACACACUUAUAUAUAUAAUAUAUAUAUUAUAUCUACGUACCUCCAUUUUUGACCAAUUGCAUUGCACAUCCCCAAAUUCUUAAUUCAAUUGCAGUUGGCUAUUUGAAUAAUGGAUUUAAGUCUUUAACGGGCCUUAUUACCUGUAUUCUUCUACACUAUGCAGCAGCUGCACACAGAUCCGUAUCCACCAUUAUCCUACAUUUAAUUAAUUAAUUAUAGAAACUGUUCUUACAGAUCUGUGUUUUGUAAUGAGGAAUUUCUGUUGCAAGUGAUUAUUAGGGAGUUCAGCACCCGAUGGAUUGAGUGCAAUGUUGCGGGACUUGGAGUCCCAAGAACAUUCGCGAACGGAUUAUCAUAUCAGCAGGAGGCAGUGGUGGUGGUGGAAGAAUGGAGUGAAAUCUCCGGGAAUUUGGAAAAAGUGGAAUUUGGGAGUUUUUUCCAGUGAUGAAGAAAAUUUGCACGCUGAUUAUCGAUUGGGGGAUCCCUCGACAGCGAUGGGUUGAAGACUAGCUUCGUGGAUUUGUUCAAUUAUUCGUUCGAUAAUGGAUGCGAUUUAGGUAUAUUGGGGAUUAGGGUUUAUUUGCGGAUUUGGGGAUUUUGAUUUUGUGCUUGUUGGUUGGAAUGAUGAUCGGGGAGAGUGUUUUGUUGCGGGUUUUUGAUCUGUUCUUGAUUUUGAUUUUAAUUUUGAUUUUCUGUUUCCUCGGCGGCGGAUUCGGUUUGGGAACGGACGCCAUUACCGCCGCCGCGGUGCUCCGCGACGGCGACAGGAUAAACUCCGCCGGAAAUCAGUUCACGUUGGGGUUCUUCAGCCCGAACGGCACGACGGAGAGGUACGUCGGAAUAUGGUACUACGUGUCGCCGCCGGCGACCACGUGGAUCGCGAAUCGUGAAUCUCCGUUGCGCGAUAGGCGUGGCAGUGUCUUAAUUUCCGGCGACGGGAAUCUCGCCGUCGCCGCCGGCGACGGCAACAUUAUCUGGUCGUCCAAUACGACGUCGUCGGCAAACACGACGGCGCAAUUGCUCGACUCCGGCAACCUCAUCCUCAAAGACACCUCCACCGGAGCCACCGUCUGGGAGAGCCACCGCCACCCGGUGGACUCAUUCCUGCCGGCGAUGAGGGUGUCGCACAACCCAAGAACCGGCGCCCGAACCGCCCUCAAUUCCUGGAGAACCUUCCAGAAUCCCGGCCAUGGAAAUUUCACCUCCGGCCUGGACGCCAUUAGAAUUCCUCAAAUCUACAUUUGGGAGAAUGGAAUUCCCCGGUGGCGGAGCGGCCCUUGGAACGGCCGAAUUCUGACAGGGGUGGCCGGAAUGUACUCCGUCUACAUCGACGGAUUCAGCGUCGCGACCGAGGAAGACGGGACGGUAUACUUCACCCGCAAUUUCCGGCAGCAAUUCAUCUCCCGAAACCACCUCACUGCUGACGGAAUUCUCAUCGAGGCUGGUUGGGAUCCCAGCAAGAACGACUGGAACGUUACAUGGUCGGGGCCGGCGAGCGACUGCGAUUAUUACAACAAAUGCGGCCCGUUCGCCGUUUGUUUCGUCAAGAGUCGUCCGAUAUGCAGUUGUUUGCGCGGCUACGAGCCGAGGAACAGAGGGGAUUGGGCUCGAGGGGUGUGGGAUGGCGGCUGUGUUCGACGAGAUUCGUUGCAGUGCGAUCAGGACGGCGAUAAAAAUCAGGAGGAUGGGUUUGCGAAGCUGUCGUUUAUCAAGGUCCCUGACUUCAUGUCGUGGUCGUCCGGUGUGGAGACUGAAUGCGCGAGCUUGUGUUUGAAGAACUGUUCUUGUUUGGCGUACGCCUACGAUCCCGGCAUCGGAUGUAUGUUUUGGAACACGACGUUGAUCGAUGUUCAGAAGUUCGAUGGCAAUGCCGGCUCGGAUUUCUUCGUUCGCGUCGCCUAUUUCAACGUCGACAAAGAGAAGAAGAGCAAUAGAAUCGUCGUUAUAGCAUCGAUUGUCGCUAGUUUGGCCGGAGCCGCCGUUUUCUUAUCGAUUGCUUGGUGGGUGUUGUGUAGACGGAGAAAACGCAGGAAGAGAUUGACGUCUUUCGAUAAGGGAGAAAAAAGCUUAACGAAUUCGAGUGAAUUUGCGCUCCGGAGCGACAUGGGUAAGGUUAAGAUCGACGAGUUGCCGUUGUUCGGCUUCGAGACGUUAGCCGGCGCGACUGAGAAUUUCGACACGAGGAAUAAGUUGGGAAUGGGUGGAUUCGGUCCCGUCUAUAAGGGACAACUGGCGAACGGCGACCAAAUUGCGGUGAAGAGGUUGUCCGCAGCGUCGGGACAAGGCUACGAGGAGUUCAUGAACGAGGUCCUCGUGAUAUCGAAACUUCAGCACCGGAAUCUCGUCCGGCUGCUCGGAUGCUGCGUCGAGAGAGAGGAAAAAAUGCUCGUUUACGAGUACUUGCCCAAUCGAAGCUUAGACGUGUUCCUAUUCGAUAAAUCGCAAGACGUGCUCGAUUGGUCGAGAAGGCUAAAUAUCAUCGAAGGCAUCGGUCGGGGUCUCCUUUAUCUCCAUCGCGACUCCCGGCUGAGGAUAAUUCACCGCGACCUAAAGCCGAGCAACAUAUUACUCGACGAGGAUUGGAACCCGAAGAUCUCGGAUUUCGGCAUGGCGAGAAUUUUUGGCGGGAACCAGGAUCAGGCGAACACGGGAAAAGUCGUGGGAACAUACGGGUAUAUGGCCCCCGAGUACGCGAUGGGGGGCCGAUUCUCGGAGAAAUCGGAUGUGUUCAGCUUCGGAGUUCUCGUCCUCGAAAUCGUUAGCGGUCGAAAGAACACGAGCUUCUACAACGACGAGUACUCGUUAGGCCUUCUCGGAUUCGCGUGGAAGCUGUGGAACGAAGACAAUACCGCGGAAUUUAUAGACGAUCGGAUAUCAAGUGCGGCGUCGGGGCCGGAGAUUAUGAGAUGUCUGCACAUUGGGCUGCUGUGCGUGCAGGAGUUCCCGAUCAGCCGGCCGACAAUAUCGACAGUGCUGUCGAUGCUGAGCAGUGAAAUUAUGGACCUGAUGGCGCCAGAGCGGCCGGGAUUCACCGACCGGUGGAGCCGGACGAAUGUCGGGUCGUCGUCGUCGACCCAAACCCAGUCGGGAAAUAAUGUGACUCUGACGGUGAUGGAGGGGAGAUGAGCAUAGAGUUGGGUGUUUGUGUAUGUAAAUUACGUAAGAUAUAUAAAUAUAUAUCUUCGAUUAUUUGGAUAUUUUGAAAAUUUUGUCACUAUUUAUUAAUAUAUAUCAAUAUUUUUUAAA